AUGGCGCCACGCUUUGGGGACCAGAUCCUCCAGGUGUUUGACGUUCCAGCUGAUGCCUACGAAUUCUUGGUCGGCAUCGUGGAGGAUCGCCAUGUGUCGCCGCACGACUUCAAGGCCAUUUUUGACCAAAGCUUGACUGCCGGGGCCGAGUCAUGGUACCAUGACGUCGAUUGUGCUUGGAAUCACGGCAGCAACAUCCAAACGCCGUCAGCUACUCAGAAGAAUGCCCGUCCAUCCGAAACGGCGUGGGAGGAAACCGAUCGUCUCAUCAAGCGGGCCGAAUCUCUUGCCAAAGAAGCCGUCUCUAGCUUGUCCCUGGAUCCUUGCUUGUUCAGAUAUCCAAAGAAGACCAAGGUGACCAAGGCUGCCAAGCGCAAAGUCGAUGCUGUCUCGUCGCACUACUGGUGCCAAAGCGGCGAAACGGACGACGGCUUCUCUACGCCGAAAAGAUUUCGAGCGACAGAAUUUCCCAGCACAUUCAUUUCGCGGCUCAACAUUCCUGCACCUGGUCGUCGGCCCUCUUGCGUUUACCCAAAGGACCCAGGCAAGACACAGCUGCCGAGCGUUCAUGCCAAUGCCGGGACGUCGCCCUACUUCAGCACGCCAUCGAGAGCGCCGCGAUCUGCCAAUCCCCGGCCCAGUCCCGGAACAGUGUCCUGCAUCCCUUUCCCUCCUCUCAGCGCAGGGUCAUUCGGCAUCAUCCAGGAACAGGUGGCCCAUGAGCCGUUUUGGCUGCUCAUCGUCGUCACGUUUCUCAUCAAGACAAAGGGCGACUACGCCAUUCCGGCAUUUCUGCGCCUCAGAGAGCGCUUUCCCACACCGCGUGACGUUGCCGACCCCGACAAUGCGGCGGAGAUUGUCGCCAUGAUUCGCCACUUGGGUCUCAGUCAGAACCGGCUCGCCAAGAUGCAAAAGUACGCGCGAAUGUUCAUGUUUCACCCGCCGCGACCGGGUGUCUGCUAUGCCGUACGGGGAUACGAAACGCGCAAAGUAGGCCGCGUCGUCGACGGCGUGGACGCCACGGACGGCUGGGAGAUUGGGCACAUGACGCAGGGCCCGUACUCGCUGGACAGUUGGCGCAUCUUUUGCAGAGACGUGCUCCUGGGACGGGCCAAGGACUACAACGGCAAGGGAGCGCGGGGUGAGUUCCAGCCAGAGUGGAUGAGGGUCUUGCCGGCGGAUAAGGAACUCCGAGCCUAUCUACGAUGGAUGUGGAUGCGCGAGGGCUGGGAGUGGGAUCCGGCGACGGGCGAGCGGACGGUGUUGCGGGAGGAGAUGCGGCGGGCCGUGGAGGAAGGCCGGGUCGAGUACGAUAUUUACGGAGGGCUGCAGAUUGUGGGAAAUGAUGAAGCAGUAGGCUAG